AUGGUGAGCACAUCCAGAAUACCAUAUGUGGUUUCCAGGCCACUGUACUCAGAGGAAACCUUCUCAGAAGAACAUGAGAAAGUCUGCAGGCAACGCAAGGGCCUCUCAGACCAUGUCAAACAAUACUUCACGUGUGACUCGAAACGUGCCAAGAACGCAGUGGUCUCUCUGUUGCCCAUUAUUGGAUGGAUGAAAAUUUACAAAUUCAAAGAUUGGUUGCUCGGUGACAUUGUGUCUGGAGUCAGCACUGGACUAGUGGCUGUUCUGCAAGGUCUGGCCUACAGCCUCCUGGCAUCGAUCCCUCCUUGGUACGGAUUAUAUGCUGCCUUCUUCCCUGUCGUCAUCUACUUUGUCUUUGGAACUUCUAGACACAUUUCAGUGGGGGCUUUUCCUGUACUGAGUCUGAUGGUGGGAGCAGUGGUGACCAGACUGGUGCCUGAUGAUGGUCCUCCUGCAAAUAUCACUGGAUUUGAGGGACUGACAAGAGAUGAACAGAGAGUCAUUGUAUCUGCCUCACUCACAUUUCUCAUGGGCUUGUUUCAGCUGGGUAUGGGCCUACUGCAGGUGGGUUUCAUAGUCAUCUACCUGUCAGAUACGCUGGUAUCUGGAUUCACCACAGCAGCAGCAGUUCACAUUCUUGUGUCUCAGCUCAAGUUUGUAUUAGGACUACAAGUCCCAGGUUUCAGUGGACCACUUUCUAUCAUAUAUACAUUGGAGUCGAUAUUCAGCCAGAUCACCUCCACAAACAUCCAUGACUUGGUCACAUCCCUGGUGGUAAUGGUUGUGGUGUUCAUAGUGAAGGAGAUCAAUGAACGGUUUAAGUCCAAACUGCCAGUGCCCAUUCCUAUUGAAGUAAUCAUGACUGUCAUAGCUUGUGGAGUGUCUUAUGCAUUCAACUUCCGAGACAAUCAUGGAGUGGACGUUGUGGGAAUAAUACCAGAUAGUUUUGAUGCUCCAAUGGCUCCCAAUCUGCAAAUCUUUCAGCAGAGCGCAGUAGAUGCUUUCCCCAUGGCCAUCGUGGGAUUCGCUGUGGCUUUCUCUGUGGCUAAAGUUUACUCUGUCAAACAUGAUUAUCUGAUAGAUGGAAACCAGGAGCUCAUUGCUUUCGGUAUUAGCAAUAUCUUUGGAGGAGCCUUUAAAUCCCUGGCAUCAAGCACAGCUCUCUCAAGGAGUGCAGUGCAGGAAAGCACGGGAGGAAAAACCCAGGUUGCUGGUUUACUCUCUGCAGUCAUAGUGUUGAUUGUAAUUUUUGGGAUUGGGUUCUUGCUGGACCCGCUACCAAAGUCCGUGUUGGGUGCCGUGGUCAUUAUCAACCUUAAGGGGAUGUUGAUGCAAGUGCGUGAGGUGCUUUACCUUUGGAGGAGGGAUCGGCCUGACUGUGUUAUCUGGGUGAUUACCUUUGUGGCAUCUAUCUUCCUUGGCCUUGAUCUGGGACUUGCUGUAGGCCUUGGGGUGGAGCUUCUUGGUGUGGUCUUCAGAACUCAAUUCCCACGUUGCAGUGUCCUUGCAAAUAUAAAGGGAACUGAUAUUUAUAGAGAUCGGAAGGAUUAUGUUCAGAUAUAUGAACCAGAGGGAGUGAAGAUUUUCAGAAUUCCAUCUCCCAUCUUCUUUGCCAACAUUGACUUUUUCAAACGAAAACUAGUGGAAGCUGCUGGUUUCAACCCUUUGAGAGUACUGAGGAAGAGAAACAAGGCACUGAGGAAGAUUAGGAAACUACUGAAGAAAGGGGAACUGUCAGUAACAACAAAAGGACUACAGCUCACAGGCUCUGUCCCUAUUGAAGAGUCUGAAGAUGAGAGUAACAUGGAGGACCUGGACAAGCCCACAGACUUCUCAGAUCUUCCUGUCCAGGUGAACUGGAGAACAGAGCUUCCUGCCAACAUUGUUGUACCCAGAGUGGACAUUCACAGCUUGAUCUUGGACUUUGCUGCCGUGUCCUUCCUUGACAUCUCUGCUCUCAAGGGACUGAAAACGGCUUUGAAAGAGUUUAUCCGGGUUGACGUUGAGAUCUACAUUGUUGCUUGUGAUCCAUACAUCAUUGAGAAACUGCAUAGCUGUAAAUUCUUUGACGAUGAGAUCAAGUCAUCCAUUUUCUUCCUUACACUCCAUGAUGCAAUGCUGUAUAUACUCGAGAAACAUCCACAAGAAAGAAAGAUUUUGAGUGAAAAGGUAAUAUAUAGCCUUUAG